AUGGGGUCUAGAAGGGAUAAUGAUGGACGGUUGAAUAUGGAUGCAGUAAGAGACGAGAGAGAAGAUGUUUCAACACAAUAUACUGCUGAAUGGCUCAGCAAUGUUCAAAUGCCCCCAAAGGCCCACUCUGUUGUUCAAGAUAUUGAUGAACCCCAUUCGCCUAGAGUUUCUAGGUCUGCCCCUGCAUUAAGUGUCAGGUCAAGGCAAAGUAAUGCAGGCAUCAGUAGAAGCAAGUUGCAGUUGCAGUUAAGGCAACUGAAAGAAAAACAACAAUUAGAUAGGGAAGCUCGGUAUUUAGAACUAGAAAUGCAAAGACAAGAAUUAGAACUAGAAAGGAAACGACGAUUCGCUGAGAUUGCAGAAAGGAAGGAAUUGCAAGAAAUGGAAGCUAAGUUAGCACAUGCUAAGCUCUUGGAACAAUUCGAAGUAGAUAGUGAUGAUCAGCUCUCCGAUGAUGGUAACAGAGAACUGAAUAUGACGAGUCAUGACCAUGAGGGAAAUGGACCUUAUGAUGAUGCGGAACGUCGAGAUGCGGAACGUCGAGAUACGGAGCGUCGAGAUGCGGAACGUCGAGAUACGGAGCGUCGAGAUGCGGGACGUCAAGAUGCGGAACAACGUGAAACGGAACGUCGAGAUACGGAGCGUCGAGAUGCGGAACGUCAAGAUGCGGAACAACAUGAAACGGAACGUCGAGAUGCGGAACGUCGAGAUGCGGAACGUCGAGAUGCGGAACGUCGAGAUACAGAGCGUCGAGAUACGGAGCGUCGAGAUGCAGAACGUCAAGAUGCGGAACAACGUGAAACGGAACGUCGAGAUGCGGAACGUCGAGAUGCGGAACGUCGAGAUACGGAGCGUCGAGAUGCGGAACAACGUGAAACGGAACGUCGAGAUGCGGACGUCGAGAUGCGGAACGCCGAGAUGCGGAAAGACGAAAUGCGGAGCGAGGAGAUGCGGAACGCCGAGAUGCGGAAAGUCGAGAUGCGGAACGUCGAGAUGCGGAACGUCGAGAUACGGAGCGUCGAGAUGCGGAACGUCAAGAUGCGGAACAACGUGAAACGGAACGUCGAGAUGCGGAACGUCGAGAUGCGGAACGUGAAACGGAACGUCGAGAUGCGGAACGUCGAGAUGCGGAACGUCGAGAUGCGGAGAUGCGGAAAGAUGCGGGAAGAAGCGGAGCGACGGGAGACCGAAAGUAGAGAAUUAUAUCGAAGAGACGAACUCUUUAGUCAUGCAAGAUAUAAUGCUGAACAGUUUCGAAUGCCAUAUGGAACAUACAAUAACACGUUUAUGAAUCCCCAAGUGCCCACAACACAAAUGUACCAGCGAGGUUAUACAACGGAUCAACAAACCCAAUUAGUUCACCCUAACUUUGUUCCAACGAUGUAUCAGGAUGCAGUUCAAAGUUCGUGUCCACAGUACGGGAAUGUCUAUUCCCAUAAUCGUCAGUUUCAACAUCCAACAUCCGAUAGUCAACAGAUGUUCGAACAACAACAACAAGCUUUGAGAUUGAUGGCAACUACAAUUGGGUCGACGAUAAGUAAAGGUUUUGUGAUGCCUAAACGCGAAUAUAUGUCUUUCGAUGGGAAUCCAUUAGACUACCCUAGCUUUACAACAAAUUUCAAGACUAAUGUGGAAGACGUCGAAAGCGAUCCCAACGUUAGACGCACUUAUUUGAUCCAACUCUGUACGGGAAAAGCAAAGGAAGCCAUCAGUGGAUCUGUGAUGUUACCGCCGGAAGAGGGGUACAAAAAGGCAAAGUCUAUUUUGCAUGAAAUGUUUGGGCAGGCUCAUAUUGUGGCUGCUUCUCACAUUGAUCGAGUGACGAAAGGUUCUAUAAUUAGAGAAAAUGAGAGUGAAAAGCUUAUGCAGUUAGCCCGAGACAUGGAAAACUGUGGAAUGAAUUUGAACAAAUUGGGCUACCAAUCAGAUAUAAACUCAAGACACAACAUCAGCGCGAUUGUUUUACGGCUGCCAAAAUACCUCCGUUCAGAUUGGGCCAAAGAGGCGAAUAAGCUUAGAGAUCAAAGAAGUGAACCAGAUUUCGCAGCACUCACAAAGUUUGUAGUAAACAAAGCUAAGUUGGCAAAUACUGAGUAUGGUCGGCUUGUUAAUGUUAAAAUGGACUGGGAAAGGAACAAAACCAAGUCUUAUGGUAAACAACAGAGGAACGUCUCAGCUUAUCAAGUGUCGAAUAUUUCGUCAAACGAAGAACAAGAUGGUAAACGAAACAUAACAAUGAAGUUAAAAUGCAUUUUCUGUAGUAAGGAAGGCCAUUCGCUAGGUAGAUGUUAUAUGUUCCAAGAAAAAUCGUACGCUGAAAGAAAGAAAUUUGUCUCGGAAAAGGGAUUGUGCAAUCUCUGUCUGGCAAAGGGACAUUUUGCUAGCAAGUGCCAGAAAGGCCGUAAGUGUUUUAUUGCGGGAUGCGGUAGACGACAUCAUCCCUUGCUUCAUUCAACUGAAUCUAACCAAAGCAAACGAGAAGAAGAUUCCACGAAAGUCGAUAAAGAUAAAGAUCAAGAAUCACCGGCCAAGCCCAAAGGUCUAAAUGCACAAAAUGGUCACUGUGGUACAGCUGACAUAGCAAAACGGCAAGUAUGUUUGAGAGUUAUUCCCGUGAAAGUAUCUAGCAGAGACAAUUCGCGAGAAAAAAUCACCUAUGCCAUACGGGACGAAGGUUCCAACACAACAUUGGUUAAAGAGAGUUUGGUGAAUGAGCUUGGAUUGGAAGGUCAACCUCUUGAUUUUAAACUAACGACCAUGAACAAGGUUUCUCAAGAGUCUGGGAAGUCGCAUUUUCUCUAUGUGCAAGGUCUUGGCCAAAAGGAUUGCUUAGAAAUUCCUAAUGCCCUAUCAAUUAAGGAUUUAUCUGUGGCGAGAAGUUGCAUUCCAACCAAAGGAGAUAUUAGCAAAUGGAGUCAUCUGAAUGACGUACAUAUUCCCGAAUUGAAAAAUCCAGAGGUGACUCUUCUUAUUGGCACUGACGUACCAGAAGCUCAUUGGAAGAUGGAAGAACGACGCGGACGUAAAAAGGAGCCUUAUGCUAUAAGAACACCGCUUGGGUGGUCAGUUGCAGGUCCCAUGGGAACAACGUCAGAAAGUGAAUUCAGUGCGUUCUUCGUUCGUGAAGAGGAUGAAUUCCUCGGCCGAAUGGUAGAGAAGAUGUUUGAGAUGGAUUUCAGUGAAAGUACGUAUGGGCAGAGCCUCGGCAUGUCUUUGGAAGACAAGAAAGCACUGUCAAUAAUGAAAGAGUCUCUCAAAGUUGUGGAUAAUCAUUAUCAGCUCGAUUUACCCUUUCGUGACAAGCUGGGCUUUCCCAACAACAGAGGUUUAGCCGAAAGAAGAUUACAUUCGCUUAAGGCACGUUUAAAGAAAGAUGCAGAUCUUCACGAGAAGUAUAAGAAGGGAAUCAACAACAACGUCGACAAGGGCUAUGCUUCCAAGAUCCACGAAAUUGAAGGUAAUGAUAUUCAGGCGGAAGAAAGAAAUGUUUGGUACCUCCCCCAUCAUCCGGUCCUUCAUCCCCAGAAACCACAGAAACCAAGGAUUGUGUUUGACUGUGCCGCUAAAUAUGAAGAUAUGUCACUGAAUGACCGGCUACUACAAGGUCCGGACCUGACAAACAAACUCAUCGGAGUUCUGUCUAGAUUUCGUCAAGAUCCAACUGCCUUUAUAGCAGACAUAGAGGCGAUGUUUUGCCAGGUUAAGGUGUCCCCGAUACACCGUGAUUUUCUCAAGUUCCUGUGGUGGAAAGAUGGAGAUUACAACCAACCGGUGGAAGUGUACCGUAUGUCAGUUCACCCAUUCGGAGCGACAUCUUCGCCAAGCUGUGCUGGGUUUUGUUUGCGUAAGACAGCCGAUGAAUUUGAAAGCGAAUUUGAUCCAGAGACGAUCGAAACAAUACGUCGAAACUUCUAUGUUGACGAUUGCCUUAAGUCGGUUUCAGAUACGCAGAAGGCAAUUCGUUUGAUUCAGCAGCUCCGUGAUAUCCUGAUGAGACGUUCUUUCCGGUUAACGAAGUUUGUGAGCAACGACGUAGCGGUUUUGGCGUCAGUACCAGAAAGCGAACGUGCCGAGUCUGUUGUCAACCUAGACCUCGACGAACUCCCGGUCGAAAGAGCUCUUGGGGUACAAUGGAAUGUACAGGAAGAUGUCUUCAGUUUUCGUAUCGUCAGCACGAAGAAGGCUCCUACCCGUAGAGGAAUCCUGUCAGAUGUCAGCUCGAUGUAUGACCCCCUGGGGUUUGCAUCGCCUUUCAUUCUACCCGCCAAACGCUUGUUGCAACGUUUGUGUAAAGACAAAGUAGGAUGGGACGAAGAGAUAUCCCCGAAUAUGUUGAAGACGUGGGAACGUUGGCUAGCUGACUUGCCUCAUUUGCAACGAAUAUCGGUUCCAAGAUAUUUCAAAUCUCACCAGUUGGACGAAGUCAAGAAUACACAAUUGCAUCAUUUCUCAGACGCAUCUACGGAAGGAUAUGGUGCCGUGUCCUACCUUCGUUUCGUUGAUGUGAAUGACAAGAUCCAUUGCUCAUUGGUGAUGGGAAAAUCCAGAGUAGCCCCAAUGAAGCCGACGACAAUACCAAGAUUGGAGUUAACUGCAGCGACAGUAGCCGUGAAGCAACAUUGUCAAAUUCGAGAAGAGCUCGACUUGCAAAUCGAUGCAACUAUAUUUUGGACAGAUUCUACCUGUGUUCUACAGUACAUAAACAACGAAUCUGGUCGGUUCAAGACUUUCGUCGCCAACCGAAUAGCCGCCAUCCACGACAAUUCAAGCCCAUCGCAGUGGAGAUAUGUAAACACUGAAGUAAAUCCUGCAGAUUACGCUUCCAGAGGUUUGCGUUCCACCAACCAACACGAGAUAGAACAGUGGAUCAACGGACCGAAUUUCCUCCGUAAGACCGAAGAUACGUGGCCGAAUCGUCCCGAAGGAAUAAAUGUCCUACCUGAUGACAAACUCGAAUGGAAACGAGAGGUGGAAAUCUACGAGACACAAACGGAAGAAAUCAAGCCCCUCGACACCUUUAUUCAACAUUACUCUUGCUGGUAUCGCCUUCAAAAGGGAAUCGCGUGGCUAAAUCGUUUCAUCAAGUAUCUUCGUGUUCGUAAUUCCAACGGUGCUUCUUAUAAGAAUGAUGAAACGCAAGCGGACAUAAGUACUCGUUCCCGUGACGAAGUCACUGGGGCCGGCGUAGGGCCUUUGACAGUCGAUGAUUUACAAAAUGCAAGGAAACAACUUAUUCGUUACGUACAACAGGAAGCCUUUCCCGAUGAAAUUACCCGUCUUAAACGCAGAUCGAGCGGUCAAUCUACCUCGAAAAUUGUUGUGAAGAAAUCCAGCAAAUUGGCAGCAUUAUCACCUUUCCUCGCAGACGACGGUCUAUUAAGAGUUGGUGGCCGAUUGGAUAGAGCAUCAAUAAGUUUUGACGCCAAGCAUCCCGCGAUCAUUCCAGGCAAGCACCACAUUGUAGAACUGUUGAUACGGCACUAUCAUGAGCAAGAAGGACACUCGGGCGUUCGUACUGUUUUAUCGGCUAUUCAGCGUGAAUUUUGGAUUCUCCAAGGGCGUUCCAGGAUUCGAUGGAUCAUUGGCAAAUGUGUUCAAUGCCGCAAGAAAUACGCGUCGCCCUGUGAACAGAUAAUGGCGCCUUUACCAGCAGCUCGUGUAACUGUUCCAGAUUAUCCAUUUGCGUCAACGGGAGUCGAUUACUUUGGUCCUUUGAUGGUGAAGAGAGGUCGAAGUCAAGUCAAGAGAUACGGAUGCAUCUUCACUUGUUUGGCCAUGCGGGCAGCUCACAUAGAAGUCGCACAUUCUCUCGAUGCAGAAUCGUUUCUCUGUGCAUUCAGUCGCUUCACAGCCCGUCGAGGGGUUCCGAAGGAAAUCUUUAGUGACAAUGGAACCAAUUUCAUUGGAGCGUCAAGAAUCUUGAAGGAAGAGUUCAAGAAUAUUCAGUCAGUGGAGUCUCAAGCCAAGAUCAACGAUCGUUUACGAAUGAAAGAAAUCACGUGGCAUUUCAACCCUCCCUUGGCAAGUCACACUGGUGGAGUGUGGGAGCGCAUGAUUCGAUCAAUCCGAAGAAUAUUAACUGCACUGACAAGCGAGCAGGUUAUUGAUGACGAAGCACUUCUCACGUUCUUAGUCGAAGUGGAGAGAAUUCUCAACGAUCGCCCCCUGAAUCGUAACCAAGGUCAAGUAUGUGAUUUGGACCCACUAACUCCAAGCAAGUUGCUUCUCUUGAGAUCGAACUCAUGUCUUCCUACAGGCGUGUUCGUUGGUGAAGAUCGUUAUAGCAAGCGAUGGCGACAAGCUCAACUUCUAGCUAACACAUUUUGGAAACGAUGGUUGGGUGAAUACCUACCUAGUCUGCAGCAGCGCCAGAAGUGGCUGAAACCCAGAAGGAACUUGAAGGUCAAAGAUUUGGUGUUAAUGGUGGAUAAGAGAUGUUCACGAGGACAGUGGCCUAUGGCAGUGGUGGAGGAAGUUUUUGCAGAUAAGGACGGAAUGGUGCGUCAAGUUAUGAUUAGAUCGAAUGGCGGGAAAUUUAAGAGACAUGUCCGUGAACUGUGCCUAGUCGAAGAAGCGAAAGAAGUCGAUGAAUAG